UGUAAAGAUCAAUUUUAAACUGACGUUUGAAACCAUAACAUUUAUCAUUAAAUUCAUAAUUUUAAUGAAUAUUUAGAUUUUAAUUUCUUUAAAAUGGAUGUUAGUGAAAGUAUAGAAAAUAGCGGUGUUUCAGAUUUGAUAGUAAAACUUUGCAAUAAUUUGUCAAAGAAUAACCAAGGAAUAGCUUCGGAUUUAUGUAAAGUAGCAUUUAGUUUUCUAUCAACUGUCCCAGCAACAUUCGAAACGAAUAAUAUACACGAAGAAUCGUAUACAGUGUCUCAAAUAAGACAAAAACUAGCUUCCCAAUCUAAAGAGAAGCUUGAUAAAUUUGAAAUUUUAUAUUCAAAAUUAUGCGAAUCAACAAUAUUACAACGUAGAAGUGCCUCAUUAAGUUUCUUAUAUCAAUUAUCAAACGGGGUUGUUAAAUCUAGUAAAGAUGGGGUCCCGGCAUGGUGUAGCGUAUCCAAAGAAUUGGGUAAACUUAAAUCUCAAACUAGCUUAACUCAAUCUAAUUCUCAAGAUAGUGUAAGGAAUUUUUUUGAAAGUAAAGAUAAGAAAAAAGGUAGUAGUGGAUCUCAUUCAGGGCAUUCUGGUAGUUUAUCAGCUACAAGGGCGCAUUCUCAGACCACUACAAUUUCUUCAUAUUGGUCUAGGAAUGAUUUACCUGGUUCUUCGAAAAUCAUAAGUUUAACGACGGUAACAGAACAAGACCUUCUUUUGGACGUUAUAUAUUCCUUCCAAGGUAUUGAAGGGAAAUUCCUUAGGAAGGAACCUGGUGGUUUGGGUUUCACUAUAGAUCCGAAAGCUUGUAAGCUCCUUACUCCGUUUCAAAAAGGGAUUUUAGAAAGGUUGACUGGUAUGAGUUUUCUUCACAAUCAAUUGAAGAGGUAUUGUGAAGAAAACGAGAAACAGAGAGGUAUCAUCUCUCAAGCUUUGAUAGCUACUUUAAGUGAUGAAUUGUCAGAGUAUUAUAAAACCGUCGCUUUGUUACAAGCCAGUAUAUCGAAGCAAGGCACUGAAAACUUGGAAAUGACCCUAAAAAGGGCUCUAUACGUUAUGUACGAUCCGCAUACGAGGUUCGAAUGGUUGGCUUACAUAUCAGAACAGUGUAGCGAUAAAAAAGGCGGAGAAUUGAUAACGGCCAUACACGGUUUUCUUCAACACGGUUCCAAGUGCGCCAGAGAGGUUUCAGAAACGGUACUCAAAUCUGUUUGCAAACCGCUUUACGUGAUGCUUUCGAGAUGGCUUCUCGACGGCGAAAUAAACGAUCCAUACAACGAAUUCUUCGUAGAAGCCAAAAAUGUCAUAACCGCUGAACGAUUGUGGCACGACAAAUAUAAAGUUAGGUAUCAAAUGGUACCGUCCUUUAUAACGAUGAAUCAAGCCAAAAAGAUUCUUGCCACAGGGAAAAGUAUCAAUUUUUUAAGGCAAAUUUGUAGAGACGGAGGCCAAUUACCCGGUAGAGAAUCUCUACACAAAUUAUUCAAAAAUAGUACCGCUGAGGCUCUUUUUGCGCCAGAACAAAGUAUAGAAUUUCACGCUACUUUAGAAAACGUUUAUAAAGAAACUUCCAUAAGAGUAUUAGAUUUGCUGAAAAAUAAAUAUAAAUUAUACGAACACUUGCAGUCCCUUAGGAGGUAUUUGCUAUUGGGUCAAGGUGAUUUUAUUAGGCACUUAUUGGAGUUGUUGGAACCGGAAUUGAAUAAAGACGCGGAACAUAUUUAUGGUCACACACUUUCGGCCAUAUUAGAAUCGGCUAUAAGAGUGACGAACGCCCAAUACGAAGACGAAGAUACAUUAAAACGUUUAAACGUCAGUUUUAUGAGUCAUUCUUCGGGCGAUACCGGUUGGGACGUGUUCAGUUUGAUGUAUAUAGUAGACGGACCGAUCGGUACGAUCUUUCAACACACGAUGCCGACUUAUCAGAGUUUAUUCGGCGCUUUGUGGAAAGCCAAACGUACCGAAUACGCUUUGGCCAAUAUGAGACGACAGCAGAUUUGCAUGGCAAAAUUAUUUCGAAAAAUAAGAGAAUUGAAACCGGUGAUGCAUUCGAUACACAUAUUAACCAGUAAGAUGAUCCAUUUCCUGCAUCAGACGCAGUAUUAUUUUCUGUUCGAAGUGUUGGAGUGUUCUUGGGCCGAGAUGCAACAUCAAGUCAACAAAGCGGAUAGUUUGGACGAUAUAAUUACGGCCCACGCUGGAUUUUUGAAUUCUGUACAAAGGGGAGUGUUGUUGGAUGAAAAUUCGAGGCAAUUGUUUUCUCAUUUGGUGUCGAUUUACAAUUUCGUUAUGACGUUGGAAUGUCAUCAGGAAGCACUUUAUCGGGAAUGUUUGAGCGAACACGAAGCUUAUACCGAGUACCAGAAAAAAAUCAACGGCGGCGAUGGUUUCGGUACUAAUACCCAAGAUGAUAAUGCGAAUAAAUUACGCAGAUCUACUUUUCAUCAUUUUUUAAAUACAACUAAAGUCAAGGUAAAAACAUCAUCGGAAACUUACGAUUUGAUAGUGAAAAAUUUCUUAGAACUACUUUCGAAGAGCGUCAAUAUGAAUUUGAGAUUAUUGAGCGUCAGAUUGAGCUUCAAUAAUUUCUAUAAAGUCGCAUGACCUGAACAGUAUAAAAAAACAAACAUCACAUUCGAAACCAAGCCAGAAGGCGGUGAUAGUAGUUUAGGUUUUGAUAUAAAUACUUCUUCCAAUGAUUUUUACAUUUCCACUAAGAAUAAGGUACCGCAUGGUGUAAGGGGUAGUAGUUUCGAUUUUUCUAAUGAAACUGAAACUUCGAGUAAAUAUGGUAGCCUUACAUCAUUGUUGGAUAAUAAGAAAAAGAAACGGAAACAUAUCUGAUGUUGUAUCGGGUGAAAAAUGGUAAAUGUAAGUACAAAAAUUCUUUUAUACCAUAUCAGUUUCGAUUAGACAUUAGAUUAAGAAUAUUUGAUGUUCGUUCAACAUUUUGAUUAUCACUGGAAAAACUGCUUUCGAAUUUUGAGAAAUGAACAUUUGUGAGGUUAUGUGCUAAUUUAUUUCCAAAAUAGAAUGUUUUUUCAAUAUCGCAUGAUUUAUGGAUGAUUUUUUUUUCGCAAGUUAAAAAAAAUUAAAUUUAUCAAUUUUAAAAAUUUUAAUAUUUUUUAGAAAAAGUAUCAAAACGUUUAAAUUAUUAAAAAAAUUGACGUGGUUAUUAUUUCAAUCGAUAUUAAGAAAAAAACAAACAAAAUUGUUAUUUUAAUCUCAAAUUGUGUAUAUUAAAAAAAUUUUUUUGCUAAAAACAAAAUUUUUCUCCAUUUUUCACCCGAAAAUCGCAAAUCCAGUUUCCGUUUUUUUUUUUGAAAAUAAUUUUUUUAUAUAAAUAUUAGAAUUAAGAGAACACGUUGUUGUUAAUGCCACUAGAAAAGACUGUUAAAAUAUUUUUUUUAUUCGUCGUUAUACUUAAGCCUGUUGUCUUUCUAUAUUAUAAAAAAAUUAAUUGUAGCUCAAAAUAAAAAAAAAUACAGAGCAUAAGUGCUUUUUUGUAAACUCCACGCUCUGAAUAUAUAGCGAAAUAUAAAUAAUUAGAAUUUCUCACAAAUCUUAUAUCAUAUAAAGCUUGGCAACAUCGUGAUCCACUUCAUGGUUUAUCGAAUAAUAGAGAUGUGAAUGCAACUUUGCAAGUACCGUUAUUUUGUAACUACGGUAAUGAACGUUUAUUUCUUAAUAGAAUAAUUAAAUUUUGGUAAAAUUUGCAAGAUAUGUGCAACAUUUUUGUAAAAAAAAUAACUUUAAUCACGUAAAACGAACCGUUACAAAAUCGCUUCGUGAUCUUACCUUUAAUAUUAUCGUGAGGUUAUACGCUAUGUUGCCACGUGUUUCGAAGUAAAUUUCCUGUGUUUAUAUAUAAAAAAUUCGUUAGAUCAAUAUGGAAAUUGAAAAUUCGAGUUGGAGUUAUUUAGAAAUUCAAGUUUUAUAUAUUUCAAUAACGUUUGAAUUGUGUGAGAAAUUUUAAUUAAUCAGUUUAAUUUGAAAUAAAAAAUUAUUUCGGUUUAAAUAUUUUUUAUACUUACUUCCUGUGUUCAUUUUUUAUCGGUUCAUUUCCAUAACUUAUUUAUUUGUUAAAAAAAAAGGUAUUUAUUUAUAAUAGUCAAUUAACAGCUCUCUAAUUUUUAUGAAAAAAAUUCAGUCAUAAAUAUUAAUGUAAAAUAUCGAUGUUUUAUAAUAAAUAAUUUAAAAUCUCCA